AUGUCUCUUGUCGACGAUCACACCGACCAGACCGAGCACCACCCGCUCAAGAAAGUCGAUUCCGCCAUCGGUGGCCUGUCGAUAUCCCCCAGGGAAGAAAAGGCACCCGAGAAGGCCGACAAGGCCGACAAGAAGUCUCACAAGCGCACCUCGUCCCAGGCUGAAGGGAUUUUCAACAUCAAGGAACUAGGUAAUAGCCCUCCAAUGUUCCUGACCCGCAUGGCGAUGCUCAGAGCGCUGAUUACCGCUUGCCAUAUAGAGGAGAAACGUAUUGAGAUUACACUACCCAUCGAAACACAGAAGACGGGAUGGAAGCUAAACACAUCACCGUCAACAGUCGAGGACAAGGAUAUCCUCAAACUUCACCUCGUGACUCCACCAGUGAAGAAGAUCGAUCUCCAUUUCCCUCUGGGGCUGGAGGUAACAGCACGCAAUAUGAAGGGCGUGACAAUCAAGGAUGCGCUGGACGCAAUCCACAAGCAGUUCAAAAAGAAGGCUGACGACGAAUUGGACAAGCCCUAUCUCGCUGGCUUCGAGUGGGACAAGGAAGAGUGCUGGACACGUCUGAUUGUUCACCAGACCAAGCAAGGCCCUCCCGCUCAACCAUCAGGCAAGAAGUCUAAGAAGAAGGCGAAGGAAGAAGCGUAG